AAAUAACUUCAGAACACAAUAGCAUCCCCCUCCCUUCCUCUCUCCUCUCUCCCUUUUUUUCUUUUCCUGCUUCCAAACGAAACGCCUUCUUCGAGGCUGAAGCUGGGCAGGUCUCCAAAGGUGCAGCAGCCACAACAAUCCAGCAGUUAAAAGUUAAGCAGCAGUUGCACAACUUCCAGCAACUCUCUCAGCAGCUAGUAAUGAGCUGAAAGCCAGGAACAUCUGAGGAGGUGCAGAGAAAGCUCCCAGCCUUCCUCCUUUCACCCUAGAAACCCAGAUUCUCCUCCCCCACCCUAGAUCACUGUAAGACACGCUUCUGAUUGCUCACUAGCCCGGCAGACCAUGGCUCCCUUUGGAAGAAACUUGCUAAAGGCUCGGCAUAAAAACAGAUCUCCAACUAAGCACAUGGAUUCAGAAGAGAAGGAAAUUGUGGUUUGGGUUUGCCAAGAAGAGAAGAUUGUCUGUGGGUUAACGAAACGCACCACCUCUGCUGAUGUCAUCCAGGCUUUGCUUGAGGAACAUGAGGCUACAUUUGGAGAGAAACGAUUUCUUCUGGGGAAGCCCAGUGAUUACUGUAUCAUAGAGAAGUGGAGAGGCUCCGAACGGGUUCUUCCUCCACUCACUAAAAUCUUCAAGCUUUGGAAAGCGUGGGGGGAGGAGCAGCCCAACAUGCAGUUUGUUCUAGUGAAGGCCGAUGCUUUCCUUCCAGUUCCUUUGUGGCGGACAGCUGAAACCAAAUUAGUGCAAAACACAGAAACACUGUGGGAGCUCAGCCCGGCCAACUACAUGAAGACGUUACCACCAGAUAAACAAAAAAGAAUAGUCAGAAAAACCUUCCGGAAACUGGCUAAAAUUAAACAGGACACAGUUUCCCACGACCGAGAUAAUAUGGAGACGUUAGUCCAUCUGAUUAUUUCCCAGGAUCAUACUAUUCAUCAGCAAGUCAAGAGAAUGAAAGAGCUGGAUAUGGAAAUUGAAAAGUGUGAAGCUAAGUUUCACCUUGAUCGGGUGGAACAUGAUGGAGAAAAUUAUGUUCAGGAUGCAUAUUUAAAGCCCGGUGUCAGUGAAACUGAGCAGAAGCUGGACACGCAGUCUGAGGAAUGUCAGAUUCUGGAGGACCUAAGUGAAAGCGACGGGAUUGUACAGCUGGAGGAAAGACUGAAAUAUUACCGAAUGCUCAUCGAUAAACUCUCUGCUGAAAUAGAAAAAGAGGUAAAAAGUGUUUGCAUGGAAAUAAAGGAAGAUGCAGAAGGGGCAGCUUCAAGUGACCUGGACAGCUGUAAUUUAGAAGGCGUUAAGUGUGAUUUGGAGAAAAGCAUGAAAACUGGUUUGAAAAUCCACUCUCAUUUGAGUGGCAUCCAGAAGGAGAUUAAAUACAAUGACUCAUUACUUCAGAUGAAAGCGAAAGAAUAUGAACUCCUGAUGAAGGAGUUCAGCUCACUUCACAUUAACAACAAAGAUGGAGCCCAGCUAAAGGAAAACAGAGGGAAGGAAUCCCAGGCUUCCAACAGCAGCGGAGAGGUUCCUCCCUUUACUAAAACAGUAGUCAACACGUACACAAAUGACACGGACUCAGAUACUGGCAUCAGCUCUAACCACAGUCAGGACUCUGAGACAGCUGCAGGAGAUGUGAUACUGUCAUCGACAUGAUAGGAAUAGCUUCCUUCUCACCUGCUUUCAUGUUGUUCAUGGGUGUUUUUUUUUUUUAAUUUAAUAGAAAACUUUAUUUUAAAUGUGACUUUUUGAAAAAAAUGUAAUCAUGUUACAGUAUUCAGUAGUUAAUAAAAAUGAGAGAAAUUAGCUUUUCAUUUUUGAUAUGAGGUUUCUGAUGGGACUUUAAUCAUUGCAAGUUCAAACAAUACAUGGGGUAUUUAUCAGAAAUGUAGUAAGCAGUUGUAUGUGUACGAUACCAAUUUUUUUUGAGAAUCAGGUUAUAAUCUUUCACAGCUUCAAUGGAAAACGGCUUACAUAAACUUAAAAACAAUUCUCAAUAUUAGAUGAGCAAAAUAUUCAGACAUAAAGAAGUAAAAUUAAAACGUUAUUUUUUUAACACUAUAUGAUUAGGAGUUUUUAAUCUGUAAAGUAUAUGACUUCAACUACUGUCUUGUAACAGCCUUAAUCCAAAUCUCAGUUCUUUUCAUUGAUCCUUUGAUUGUAGAAAAUAUUGUUUUGUCACGUCUUGAAUUCUUCUCUUUCUUUAGGCCCAUGUGAAGUGGCUGCUGUUGGGACAUGUUUAAAUACUGACAGGGAAUCAGAGGUAUAGAUGGGGCAGGGCCAAGUGCUGCACAGAAGCAGCAAUUUUUCCUAAGAGUAGACUUACCAAGAGCUCUGCAUGAGCUUUGCUCUUUGGCAAUGCAGAUCUUCUGAUCAAAGGUGCAUUCUUUGAGUGAGGUACAGUGUGAGUUACAGAAAAGAAAUCACAGUCUUGUUCAUUUAUGCUUCAUCUACAAAAGUUGUAGUGAUGAAUUUGGAGUCCUUUGUGUGGAUUAAAUAGAGUUCGGUAUGCCAUAAUUAUUAGCAUUUUAUCUCUGAACCUGCACAGGGGAACUCCCCUGGACAAAAGUCUUUAGUUUUCCUAUAAAGCAAUUCAGAUUGGCUUUUCAGUACUUCAUUUAAGGUGCUUAAAAAAUGCUUAAUACUUUAAAAAGUACUAGCACCAUCUCGAGCAGAAUAGUAAAAAUCCCAAGAAAUUGGACGACUUAUUUAGGUCCCAUCAUGACUGACAGGUAUUAUAGUGCCAGACAGUGCUUGGUUUUGCUUGGCUUUUCAUUAGGAAUUCCCUUUCUCCUUCUUUCUUUUCUUUCCUUUCUUUCUUCCUAUCUGCCUUUCUUUUCCUUUUUUCCUACCUGUCUGCCUUACUUUUCUCCUCCCUCCUUUUCUUCUUUCCUUGUUUCCUGCCCAUGAACAUGUGCAAUCAUAGUGAAUAUUGCUAUAGUAAAUUUUUUCCUUGGGUGACACCUUUUCUGUGUGCCAGUGCACAUGUUAAGUUGAAAUACUAUUUUACUUAGUUUCUAUAUGUGGAUACUGGUUAUGAUUCUCAGUAUUUCUCAUUUCUCCCCUUUCAUUAUCGGGCAUAGUGUAGUGCAGGUUUUAACUGCAUUGUUUUUCUUUUUGAUAUUCAAAAUUUGAGAAGUGUAUAAUUUUUGUGAAACAACUUGUUAACUCAGCUUUCUUACCUUUCUUAAACUUUCAUAAUGUGUUAUUUCAUUCCUCCCUUCUUUUCACCCAUUUUGGAAAGAUAGUUAGAAUUUCAUGAGUGUUUCACUUUUAGGGAGAAAUUAUGUUUUCGUUUAUUUUACCAAGAUAUUUAUAGGCCAUGUUGGAAUUUGGCUGGUAGAAAAUAGGAAUUUACAGUGGAAAGCACAGUGACAUAGAGUUAUAAUGCUAACAUGGAAAUACGGAGAGGGAUAAUGCUAACAUAGCUUAUAAUUCUUAAAAACGAAGGAGUUUAAUCUGUGAAAAUUAAAUUUACCUGCCUAAUAGUUCAUAAAAUUAUUUAACAGCAUAUUAAGCUAUUGAUACAUUCAUUGUUCACUAAUGGGGAUUAAAUUCAGAAGAUUACAAUAAAUGAUAAAGUGAUUAUAAUGUGUUUUUCUGAAGUAUAAGUAAUCUUUUUUGAUUACUCUGAUCGUUAGAAGGAGACUAAUAAAAAUAACUGUUUAUCCAUUUGACUAAUUAGAUGAAUUUAUAACUGGUUCUGAUAAGAAAUAAGACUGGAGAAAUUUUGAAUUUGUUCAUUUUAGAAAUUUUGAAUUAAGUUCUGCUUUUGUCCAGUUAAAUACAGUCAGAUAGUUAAAGGGCCAAUUCUUCUGAAUAAGAGAGUAAAUAAUGUUUUUAUAAUUCUUGGUAGAAAGCAAGACCAUUGAUUUUUAAAUUUAUUCUGGAAUUUCUAUUUCCUAUUAAUAUUUAUGCUUUUGAUAGUUAUAACCUUUACAAUUAAUCAUUCAUUAGGUACUGUGGUAAAUCUCUGAGAGUUACAGGUUAAUACCAAUAGAAAUACUAAAAUAUAAUGCCUGCAUGUCUAUACACUGAGCUGUUUGUUAUUAAAUUGAGAAUUAGACUCCAAAGAAAGUUUGUUUUCACUACCUACAGAAACUUUUGACAUAUAAAUUCUUGUGUAACCUGACAGAUUAAGUAUGAAACUGCCUUUUUAUGCAGCUAGAAGAGGCAAACCAAAGCUAACUGUUGUUCAUUUUCAUAAUAAGAAGUAGAGACACCCUUAUUCAUCCUUCCACCUGGAAUUCCUUUCUCUUUCUCUUCCAUACACUGAAAUUUUACCUUUUCUCGUGGUCUUUUUAAUGUGCUAGUUCUUAUACAAAAUAUUUUGUUCUGUUCAAUCAGUUGUAAUCUUCUAUCUCUAAACUCACCUAUAUUUUAGAGGUACUUCUCAAAGAGAAGCAUUUAUAUUCUGGUUUAUGUCAUAUUUAUUGAUGUACUUAUCUAACUCCACUAUCUCAAUGGAUUCUUACUUUAUCAACUAUUUUAUUGACUGUAUUCAUUUAUAUCAACUUAUUUGCCCCCUCUAGUCAAUUUUUUUUAAUUGAAUUACUAAAUUUUAGAGGUGUAUACUUUUCUGUGUGUGUAUUUUUAUGCGUGUAAAUGAUGCAUGUGCCUUUUAUAUAUGAAUAUACAUUUUGGCAGACUUAAAACAUUAUCAGUAGUUGUUUUGGGGAGGUACUAAUCUCCAUGCUACUAUAAUUUUUUUUCAUGUGGCACAAUUUUUAGUUUUAUUUGUAAUUCACAGAAUUACUGAUUUAAAGCAAUGCAAAUACUAUCUUUAUUAGCCAAUUUGAUGGUUAAAUUCUCUGCAUUGUGUGCUUAUAAGUAAAAGUAUAUUUUAGAGUUGAGUUUUCAGUAGUAGAUUCACAAAAUACAUAUUUUAUUUUUCUUCUUCAGUAAAAUAAUAAAUGGCCCCUUAUCAGUGUGUGAUAGCUAAUCUAAAUCCAUUAAAAUUUUAUUUUUAUAUUUAUUUAGAAAUCUAUAUGUGACAAAAUAUAUCUCUGUGGCUGCAUUUUAUAAUUUUCAAAGUAAAGCAUUUUUACUAGUGGCAAAUACCUUUUAAUUAUAACAGAGUCCUUAAAUAUUAAAAAUAUUUUUCAUACUUCCUUUGUUUAAUAAACCUGAUGUGACAAAUAUAAAGUAUAUAUCAUUUCUUCAAGUUGGAACUGAUUCCACAUAACAAAAUAAAUAAUCAUGCCUUUCAUGUGAUUUUGUUUUUCUGGGUAUGCUUCUUGGUUGUAUUAAAAAUCAAUUUUAUACUAGUUAUAAUUACGUAACUGCUAAGCUAACCCACACAACUUGUUUUAAGAUUAUUUCAUGACAGUAUAAAUGUAUAGCAAAUAAAAUCUAACAUAAAUUUUUA